AUGCUACUCAGAUCCUCCGUUCUACGUGCCACUUCAAGAGUUGCGACUACUCGAUCACUUCUGCUAAGAACCAGUCCACUUGGCGUCACUACUCCGUGGAUCUCCAAACAUGCAGGUAUUCGUUAUAAUUCAUCUGAUGCUACAAGUAACAUUACCGACAUUCAAACACAAUUGCCUUCCAUAGAUGACUUAACCACUUCGACAAUAGAUCAAACGUCCCAUGCCAUAGGUGAACUCUCUCAACAUGUAGGUUACUUACAAAGUAUUGGUUUAGCUCAAACCUGGCAUUGGCCCGCGGAUAUCAUUCAACACACUCUGGAAUACAUGCAUGUCUAUACCGGUCUUCCAUGGUGGGGCACAAUUUGUGCCACUACAAUCUUAAUACGUUUAUUGAUGUUCCCAUUAUAUGUGAAAUCUUCAGAUACUAUGGCAAGAAAUACUCAUGUGAAACCAGAGCUAGAUAAGUUAAAUAAAGAAUUAAUGGCAUCUUCUGACAUGUCCAAGAGUCAGUCCAUUGCCUUACAAAGGAAAAAACUGAUGGCCAAGAACGGUAUUAAGAACAGAUGGUUGGCAGCACCCAUGAUUCAAUUACCCCUAGCCAUCGGGUUUUUCAAUGCCCUAAGACAUAUGGCAAAUCAUCCUGUAGAUGGGUUUACUAAUCAAGGUAUUGCCUGGUUCCAUGACUUAACUCAAGCUGAUCCAUACUUAGGUUUACAGCUAAUCACCGCUGCUGUAUUAAUAUCCUUUACCAGAUUGGGGGGUGAAACUGGGGCUCAACAAUUCAGUGGACCUAUGAAGAAAUUUUUUACCAUUUUACCAUUGGUUUCCAUUCCUGCUACAAUGAAUUUAUCUGCUGCAGUGGUCUUGUAUUUUGCCAUAAAUGGUAGUUUUUCGGUGUUACAAACUGUGGUACUAAGAAAUAAAUGGGUUAGAAAGAAACUAGCAAUUGCUGAUGUCGCAAAGCCACCCGUUGGAUUACCAAAGGAACCAGAAAAGGGUAUUUGGCAAUCAUUAAAGGAUAAUAUGGCCAAUGCAAAAGAUCAAGCUGAAAAGAGAAGAAUUAUGAAGGAAAAGGAGGAGAAAAUGCAUGCCAUAGUCAAAGAACAAAGAGAAAAUGCUAGAAUUAAAAUUGUCCGUAAGACCAAAUUUCAUAAAUGA